CUCCAGAAAGAGCGUCUUUGAUGGAAAACCUGUUGGGCCUUCUCAGAAUUCAUAUCCAGCGCGGCGUCAACCUGGCUGUACGUGAUGUCCGUAGCAGCGAUCCUUACGUAGUUAUCAAGAUGGGCCAACAGAAAGUAAAGACACGUGUGAUGAAAAAGAACGUCAACCCCGAGUGGAAUGAAGAAUUAACUGUCUCUGUUCAAGAACCCAUUCUUCCAGUCAAGCUUACGGUGUACGACCAUGAUCGAUUCAGCAAAGAUGACAAAAUGGGAGAUGCAGAGUUUGACAUAAAACCAUUUGUUGAGGUACUAAGGAUGAACUUGGAUCCAUACCCAAGUGGUACCAAAAUCUCAAGAAUCCAACCAAGCAGACAAAACUGCCUUGCUGAAGAGAGCUGUAUCUCCUGGGAAAAUGGGAAAGUCAUUCAAGAUAUGUGUCUCAGAUUAAGAAAUGUGGAACGUGGUGAGGUGGAACUCCAACUCCAUUGGAUUGACCUACCUGGGGGUUUAUAUAGUGAAUGA